CGAGUCGCCAUUUUGGUUGGAAGAGAAGGAGAAACGAGCAAGGCAAAAGCGUAGCCCAACACAAGAAGGUUCGCAGACUUGGAAAUCUGACUUUGAGAAUUUCUUAACCGAGACUCAAAAAGCGUUUGGUGUCGUGAAAUUGUCUUCAGAAAACAUUUUUGAGAAGAACCGCGUCGUGACGAUCAACAGCGCAAAGUUCCCAAGUUUCCGUAACGUGCAUUUAUUUUCAAAUUUCGGGCGAGAAUCCUGCGAUCAAAUCGCGGUCGUGCGUGAAGCGUUCCCGUGACGUGAAGAACGCAGUGUAAAUUAAGAGGGAACCCUUUCGCCGCCACCGGGAGAUUAUUUUAUGUUUUCCACGAGCUGAUUUUAUGGUGACUUAGCUAAGCGAGCAAAAUGAGGGAAGUGAAAUCUGUUAAAGUCGACAACUGGGGAGUGUUCUUCCUGCAGAAAUUGCAAAAUUUCUUUAACAAGACAGACUAUUGCGAUCUGACAUUGCAAUUCAACGACAAUUCGCAACUGAAGGUGCAUCGUUUGGUCUUAAGUGCAUGUACCGAUUAUUUCAAUGCACUUGAACAAACAUGUGAUGUUAUCGACGAUAUAGUCAUCAUGCCACCGGGUCUUCAGGCCGAUGUCAUUGUCCCCAUAGUUAAUUUCAUGUAUACAGGGACUUUGGAAUUCGAGAUUGACAUGUAUGGACGUCUCCUGAAAACCGCUCGGGACAUGAAUAUGACAGUUCUCUUGAAAUUAUUGGAAGCUCAUAAACGUACGGUGGACACCUCGCGAUCUCAGGCUCCGAAGCGUGCACCGAGAAGUUUUCCAAUCAGGCGGCCAGCUCCACCACCACAACCAAUGCGAGUUGCUAGGACUUACUUGACGCAAUCAACGGCUGGAGACCGUAGAGUAGUACCUGUCAGCUCACAUCAAUUGAAAACUCUUCAAAUCAAACCUGUCACGCCAUCGACCUCUUAUUAUACUCCGGGAGUCGCAGAACCAGCUACUCUAGUGGCAAAAUAUGCACACAGCAGAACUCCCGUAAAAGGGCCAUCUCGAUUCGAAUGCAGUGAUGAGACGACUUUACCGCCCGAUUCAUUUGAACAGUUUGACUCAAUCUCUUACGAAAGUAAGCCCCUUAUAACUGCCAACCAAGCCUGUAAAGACGACAUUGAGGAUUAUGAUAACAUGAUUCCUACUCACGAUACCAGCUCAACGUUUGAACAGCUAAGGAAGAGCUACACCGGCAUCAAGCGACCUUUAACCUCAGUUUCUUCACUUGAUUCGCCACCAGAAAAGAAACCAAAUAUCCAAGACGUAAAAGAGUAUGCGGAGCAGCAACGGAUGCGAAAACAAAUAACCGCCGAAUAUGAUGAUGAUAACGAAUAUGACGAUACCUUGGAUGAUGAAUUCCAUCAUGACGAUGACGAUGAAGAUUACGUUCCACCUGCGAACGUUCAAAGAGCUUUGAAAAAAGCACCUGCUCCUGCAGCCGUUAAAAUAGAGAAGGAUCAAAAGCCAACUAUUGUCGUGAAGGAUACAGUUGGAUCAAACGUGAAUCAUGCCAAAAUCAUAAGUGAAGUGUUGAAAAAGUAUCCCCAUCUGGUGAAAAACAACAAAAACAUAAAACUGAAAAUCAUGGCGAAAUCUUCAACAUCACCUAAUCAACAACAAAGCAUUGUCAUCAAGCAGGAACCAGACACGCAGCAGUCCACUAACACGGAGGGACAAACUGUUUCUCAACGACAACCAUACGGCGUCACAAUUUCAAAAACAGUAAACACUCAAAUUUCACCACAGAAAUCAUCAACAUCGCUGCUAAUUCAGCGAACACCCCAAACACAAGCUCCAGCUACUGCAUCUGCCCAAUCUCAACAGCAGCCACCCCAACCCAGGUCCACGUCCGCCGUAAUUGCAACCCAAAAGAUUCCAGUUGCAACGAAUCCAGCACCACGUCGAAUCGACAGUAAAACAAUGCAUUCGCUCAUAGCAAUGGGUGCGGAGAACACGACAGGUCCAUGGCUAUGCUUAAGAUGCGGUGUGAAUGGUCGACCAAUAAGUAUCCCAUCAUAUCGCGGUUUCCGUCGCCAUCUGGUUAACACACACAAAGAGAAAAUUGACGCACGCCUUUGUGAACACUGCGGAUGGCGUUCUCGCAAUGAUACCGAACUACAUCACCAUUUGAGAGUGCAACAUGAUAUAGAACCUCCAGUGGGUUACGAUUUCCCAGUGUGCUCUUACUGUCCAUCAAUCUUCCUAGAUAAAGCUAGUUUCGAACAGCAUUUGAAGGAUGAGCAUGCGGACAAAGCUUAUCAACAGCAAUGCAUGUACUGCGACGAAGUAUUCAAAGAUGAGAAUGAGCUCUUCACUCAUAUGCAAACUCAGCAUAAAUCGCAAGCUCAGAAAGAUGGACUUAUUGAUUACACAGACGACGAGGAGAGCACAUUUUAUAGUUCUGAACAAAAUGAUGAUAAGAUCAAGAUUCUUUCAAAUAUUACAAUAUCUCCACAGCCAGGAAUUAAGGAAGCAGCAAGUAAACUAGGCACCGAAGCAUUAAGUACAGUGGCUACUGGAAUAGCAGCAAGCCUUGGACUAAUCGAUUCCGCGGACAGCCAAGAGAUUCAAUAUUUAGAAGAAACGGAUUUCAUCAGUACAAGCACAUCUUCUCAAGAGCCGAAAUUUGUAAAUGCUGAUGGACAAAUCAUGGAGUUAACACCCGAACAACGUGACGAAAUCAUAUCGCAGCUUGGGAGUCAACCACAAGGAGGUGUAGUGAUGGUGUUGAAUCAAGAAUCUUUCACUAGUGGCACGGAUGCCGAUGGGGAUGCUGAAGAAUUGCGGAAAGAUGAAACCGAAGAACCAGUCGAUGAAAGCUUGCUUGCUGCAUACGAUGGUGAAGCGAAACCCUGUAAUGAGGAAGAAAAGCCAACCGCUGAAAGCGCAGAACAAAUGGAUUGGCAAGAUGAGUUGCCAGCAUCUAGCGAAGAAACACAAGAAAAAGCCAAGGAAGAUGAAUCCAUUGAACCUGAAGGAGAAAAUGGAAAAAUUGAAAACGAUGUAGAAGUGAAAAACAAAACUGUUGACGAAGUAGAGAAGCAGCCGGAAAAGACCGAUGAGCCUGAAGAGAAGAAAGAAGAUGACAACGAGAAGAUAGAAAAAGCAAAAGAAAAGCUAAAACUUCUUGCUGGCGAUUGGAGUGACGAUGAGGAAGAUGAGAACGAAGAGAAUCCAGAUAAAGAAGAAGAGAAAAAGUCGACGGAACCUGCUCCAAACGUAACAAAGGAAGAUAACAAAAGUGACAAAGAGAAACCGGCAGAUGACGAACAUGAAGUAAUUUUCGAAACGGUAACAGCUGCAUGUAAACCCACCACCGAAGCAAGCGUUGCAUCUGAGGUUCCAAAGGAAAAUGUAGAUAAGGCUGCCGAAGAUGCGGUAAUCCACGAAAAUUCAGAAGACACAAUUGAGCCGGAAGGAAAAACUGAGCCAAAAGAACAGGAGGCCGCACGUGAAGAAGAAGAAGAGGCCAACAAAGCAUCAAAGAGUACAACAAAAUCUAACCAAAAAGACAAAGCUAACUCUGAAAAUGAGACAAAAAAAUCUGGGUCGCCUGAAGACAUAACUGAAUCCGAUAAGAAGGAAACUGAAGAGGAGUUAGAGACAGAAAAGAAAGCGGAGAAAGAUGACGAUGGAAAGAAAAAGGAAGAAGCCGGUGGCGAUCAUAUUCGCACUCUCAUAAGUGAGUGGGGCGACGACGAGGAAGACGAAGAUUUGUAAAAAAAAUAUUCGAAGAGUCUUAUAUAUUUCUACAUGCAAGAGUAGUUAUAGUUUUCAUUAGCCUAUAAGAUAUAAUCAAUCAAGUUCCCUGAAAGGAAUCGAAUUGCACAUACAUACAUGAGUUAUAUGCGUAAGGCAGGAAAGUUGAAAGUUAAAUUGUAUAAGUUUAAAGCAGAUUCGUUACAGAAUGGUGUUAACCCGAUUAAAUAUUGGCAAGUUAAAAAUAUAUAGCGAUUUGUUCUUAGAAGGCCAUAGAUCUUUUUUAUUUAUUCCUCACUUCUUUUUGCAUAACUUCUUCAGUAUAUUUUAAUCAAAAUGAACAUUUGGAAAUUAUUUCAAGUAGUAAAUUGAUGUCCUCAGGACACAAAACAAUAGAAAAUGUAAUAAAGAAUACAUCCCAAUGCA